ACCAUCAGUAAAGGCCCUCCUCUUGGCAUUCAGGAUGUCUUUGUUACCCACGGUUUGUUAUUUGGAUAACAAUGGACCAUCUUAGUUGGGACAUUGCAGUCCACACAUUAGAAAGUCACACAUUUUUGGACCACCCUCAAUCACAGUCUGUCAAUCCACACAGGAGUCUGAGUAUUUACAAAGGUCAGAAACAUGCCAUUUAGCCUAACUGCGAUCAUGGACGGAAAGCAGAACAUAGGAAAAGGCUAGUGUAGGUUGAAUGAACUUGAAUUGGCCAACUGACUCCAGCCAAACUUUAAAUUAGCUAAAAGUAUAAUUGUAAUGUUGCCAAAAUGUCGAACCGAUUUGCGAUCGGAUAGGAUUCGGCUGUGGAGAUGGGACGUUCAUGAAGGAACCAAAUCAAAGAGCGAAACGUGGCUAUUAAUAGUUUGCAUUAGCCCUGUUGAUUUUAUUAUUUGGGAUGUAGUGGAGGGUAAGCACACAGUUUAACCACCUUUUUCAAACGCAACAUAGGGUUUACUCACCAUUUGAGUUUACCAGUACCUAACAUUGGACAGUUAUAUUGAUAUUUAUAGUUUACCCACCUUUUAUUUUACCACUACAUCCCCUCUGUGAUUUUGUCCAAUUACUGUUAAUAUCUCAGGCUACUUUGCUGUCUCUGUCUUUCCCUCGCCCCACACAGCAGACUAACCUAGAGUAUUAGAGCAUGUACCCUCUGUCCAGCAUGUUUUCCAUCCAACCCAGCCACAACUGGCUCAAAUGGGAUUUUAUGAGCCAUGCAGUUCUAUUUAACAUAAUAGAACAUAGUCAUAAUUAUUCAUCAAACUGUAAGACUGAGUAGAGCCUAUACAAAAUUCGAAUUAUUUUGUGUUUUGGAAAUUAUCCUUUAUUGUUAUUAUUAUUAUAUAAGUCAGGUUAGGUGGUGUAGAAAUGAAGGAAAUUUGUUUUAAAUUACUUUUUUUUUACCCCCACCAACAAUGUAUCUUUCCGAGUUUGCCCCCCAUUUUAAAACAUAACCAGGCGCUCAUGGUUGUCAUGACACCCUACAGUAGAGAGACAGAGAGAGACUACAUCUGGAUUGUUCACAUAUGUCACCUGGUGGUUGUUGGUGCGCACUGCAGCUACUCCUGGUUAAAUUAUUUCACCCUCCUUCACUGCUGCCGCAACAUUAUCGAGAUUGGAGCCUCUCUGAUGUCCAGUAAUGUUGGCAGCGGUUUGUUUAUUGGUCUGGCGGGAACAGGAGCAGCCGGAGGAAUCGCUGUUGGGGGAUUUGAAUGGAAUGCAGUGUGGGUCCUGGUGGCUCUGGGUUGGAUCUUUAUCCCCGUUUACAUCUCUGCUGGUGUGGUGACCAUGCCUGAAUAUCUGGCCAAACGCUUUGGAGGCCAGAGAAUACGCAUAUACAUGUCUGUUUUGUCACUCAUCCUCUACAUCUUCACCAAAAUAUCUACAGAUAUCUUUUCGGGGGCGUUGUUCAUCCAGGUGUCAUUGGGCUGGGAUCUCUAUCUGUCCACAGGCAUACUGCUGCUGGUCACAGCUGCUUACACUGUGGCAGGUGGUUUGGCAGCAGUGAUCUAUACUGAUGCACUCCAGACUUUGAUCAUGGUUGCAGGAGCCUUUGCACUAAUGUUUAUAGCAUUCUCCAAAGUUGGCUGGUAUGAGGGCCUUGUGGAUCGCUAUAUGUCAGCUGUUCCUUUGGUGACAGUCGCCAAUACCACCUGCCACCUACCUCUGAGUGACGCCUUCCACUUGUUCAGAGACCCCGUGUCAGGGGAUUUACCCUGGCCAGGUCUGGUGUUUGGGCUCACUGUACUGGCUACAUGGGUCUGGUGCACAGAUCAGGUUAUUGUCCAGAGGUCUCUGUCAGCCAAGUCUUUGUCUCAUGCCAAAGCAGGCAGUGUGUUGGGAGGCUACCUCAAACUGCUGCCCAUGUUCUUCAUUGUCAUGCCAGGCAUGAUCAGCCGAGCAUUGUUCCCAGAUGAGGUAGGUUGUGUGGCUCCAGCAGUGUGUCAGAGUGUGUGUGGCGCUUCAGUUGGUUGCUCCAACAUCGCCUACCCUAAACUAGUGGUAGAGCUAAUGCCUGUGGGUCUUCGUGGUCUGAUGCUAGCAGUGAUGUUAGCUGCUCUGAUGUCAUCUCUGACCUCCAUCUUUAACAGCAGCUCCACUCUGUUUACACUGGACCUCUACCACAGAGCCAGACCUAAAGCUUCAGAGAAGGAACUCAUGAUUGUUGGAAGGGUUUUCAUCGUGGUCUUGGUGUGUGUUAGUCUGUUGUGGAUUCCAGUCAUCCAAACAGCCAAUAGUGGACAGCUGUUUGAUUAUAUCCAGUCAGUGACCAGCUUUCUAGCUCCACCCAUUACCGCGGUAUUCCUAUUGGCUAUCUUCUGGCCACGUGCCAAUGAGCAGGGUGCAUUCUGGGGUCUGAUGACUGGACUAGUGGUGGGAUUGAUCCGCAUGGUUCUGGAGUUCUCUUAUAUAGCUCCUUCCUGUGGUCAGCCUGAUCGUCGACCUGCAAUCCUGGCUGAUGUCCACUACCUGUACUUUGCUCUUAUCCUGUUGGCUCUCACCUGCCUUAUCAUUGUUGCUGUCAGCUUGGCCACUGCCCCAAUACCUAAAGAACAUCUGUACCGGUUGACUUGGUGGUCCAGAUACAGCCAGGAGCCUCGGAUCGACCUCACAGGUCCCCGGAUGAUCUCUGACCCAGUGAACUCUGAACUUAACCCUGACUCUGUCCGCUUGCCACAUUCCUGGUGGCAGAGAGCUGCUCUGUGGCUGUGUGGUCUGACUGGUUCAAGCUCUGGCUCUGUAUCUCCAGUGAUGGAAAACGGUGAACUGAAUUCCCUACAAGAGGAGCCACUCUGGAGAAGAGUCUGCAAUGUUAACGCCCUGCUACUACUGGCUGUUAAUGUCUUUUUCUGGGGGUACUUCGCAUAAUAUGCAGGUUCUAUGAAAUCCUGAAAGUUGACCUGAAGACUGAUGUGCUGGACUGGCAUUUGGUCUUUUCUUUUUGAUUAAAAGAAAAGUCUUGGUCCAGUGGUUAAACCAAUCAGCUUCUGUGCUGGAUUUGUUUGUAUGCAACAUCAUACAAAAUUAAUGUAAAUUUAGAUGUGUAUUUAUCAGGAGAGACAUUUAGUCUCUAACUUACAAGUCUGUAAUCACUUUUUAAACGUUCUUAAAAAGAAAGCUGACAGAGCUCUACCUGAGUGACAAUGAUGCAGUUUUUCGAACACUCCUACCAGAAUAGCAAUAAAUGGAAAAUUAUGGAAAAGAAAAAAA